GCCCCACACCUUCAGGCACACACUGACUGAGCCUUUAUUUUUUCUUUUUCAAUAACAGCUUUAUUGAGACAUAAUUCACUUACCAGACAAUUCACCUUUAGAGUGUACAAGUCAAUGGUUUUUAGCAUAUUCACAGAGUUGGGCAACCAUCACCACAAUCAGUUUUGGAACAUUUUCUUCAGCCCGAAAAGAAACCCCAUACUCAUUAGCAGUCACUCCCCAUUGCCCCUUAACCCCCAGCCUUAGGCAACCACUAAUCUACUUUCUGUCUCUAUGAACUUGCCUAUUGUGGACAUAUCAUACAGAUGGAUUCAUAUAAUAUGUGGUCUUUUGUGACUGGCUUUUUCACUUAGCAUGUUUUUGAGUUCAUGCGUGUUGUAGCAUGUAUCAGAACUUUAUUCCUUUUUAUGGCUGAAUAAUACUCCUUUGUAUGGAUAUACCACAUUAUCUUUGUUCGUCAGUUGAUGAACAUUUGGGUUGUUUCCACUUUGGGGCUGUUAUGAAUAGUGCUGCUAUGAACACUUGUGUACAAAUUUUUCUGUGGACCUGUGAUUUCAUUUCUCUUGGGUCUAUGCUUAGGAGUAGAGUUGCUGGAUGUGGUAGGCAGCAGAGUGGUUCCUGCUCAGAGAGAAGAGAUGGGGACUCAGAAAGGGUCCAACUUUGUCCUUGAGGGAGAUGUUUAAAGUCUGUGCGUUGGAGCUGUAAAACCAGGUUGCCAAGUUUUCAGGUGAGGUGAGGGCAGUGCCAAUAAAGUCAAAGCAAUAAGUGACUACGCAGUAUAACAGAGAAAGUAGUCUAAACAAAUUCUACCAUAUAGGUUUGGCUUACUAGCAGCUAUUCUCAUUUUAAUUUUUGACCAGUCCGCCAAGCAACUUAUACUUUCAAGUCCCUUCUGGGUGUGUCCUAAGCUCACCCUGCCAUCCCAGGGUGAGUUACUUUUCCCUGCAGACAGCUGCAACCUCACUCUAUAGGACCUUCCUAGAUUCCACCCCAGAACAUUGGUUAUGCUUGUGAACUCCUUGUUUCCUGCACGCACAUCUCACCUGGAAUUUGGGGAUUUUUUUCUCAUCUCAUAGCUUCCUUCGUUAAGCCAAGGUUUUUCAUAAAUCCAUUCCACCGGAGGUGAGGUAAUUUCCGGGAAUGAAUCUUCGGUCCUUGUUCUUAGCAUCCAGGUAGCAGUAUCAGGUGUCGUCUCUUCCUACGGAGGCAGUUUGGUGCGGUGGUUUCAUCCUGACUUCGGAGUCUGACUGCUUGGGACUAAAUUCCAGCUCUACCACUUCUUAUUUCUAUAAACUCGGGCAAAUGACAUAACCUCUCAGUGCCUUAGGUUCUUUAUCUGUAAAGUGGGAUUAAAUAGAACCUAUCUCAUGGGGUUCUUAUAAAGUGCGCAUGGUGCAUGCAAAGCCUUAGGGAGUAAGUGCUCGCUGAAUGCUGGUGAGCCGUCCUUCUUCCCAACAUCAGCACCCUCUGCUUCCAUUCCAGUUACUCCAGCCUGGACGAACAGGCCCACAGGCGAUAUGGUGGGAGGGCAGUGUUGCUAUAUUCUCGUAUAGGCUGAAGCGCCUCUGUCCUCAGUUUCGCAUCAGGCUGGAAGCAGUGGUUGGUUUGCCCGUGGGGCAUGCUGAUGUCUCCUCUAACUCCUUUUUUUUGAGUCUCCUGGCUCUUCACAACAAAGGCAGGCAUUUUCAUUUUAUUGGAGCUGAGGAAAAUCACACUUUUAUGAUUACUUGUCCUGCUCCCCGAACUGAUUGCAAGAAACCAUGUCUGGCACCUUUGAUCCCUGUUACUGUCUCAGGCGAUGCUUAGUCUGUGCGUCCCCAGACCCCCUCAAGGUCCCCGUCUGUCCGCUGCCUUUCUAGCUGGCAGAGGGCCAACUCCACCCUCAGUGAACCAGGAAGGAAGCCUGAGCAGCGUCCAAAGUCACAGUGGCCUCAGGCAAAGGUGGGAAACGCCGGCCCCAUCCACCUCUCCUCUCAGUGUCUCUCCCUCAGUGUCAGCAACGCGCAUGUCUGUCAGGCUAGGAGCCAGGGAGUGCCUUUGCCCCUCUCUUCCCCACAUAGGUGCCUACCUGUCCUAGGAAAGGAAGUUCCCCUCAGCCUGCUAUCACUGCCGGAAAGCGAGCAAAACAUCAUUUCCCCAGGUGGUAAGGGCCAAAACCCCAGAAAUAUCUGUAUUUUAACAGUAGACUUUUGGAAAUAGAAAAAUUAACCCCUAAAGCUGACUGUCUUCAGUCAGCUGAAGACUGUCUUCAGCAUCAUACCAGGCUGGAUAGACAUAGAGAGGUGUGUGUGAGCAAACAUAUUUUCCCUUUCACUUCUUUAGUUUAGAAACAAAUUAAGUUACACACGUGUAUUAUGCCAUCCGCCCAUUCCACUUUGCUUCAAGUAAUCAAUGUUGACAGCCUGGGGUGUAUCCUUCUAUAUAUUUCUCUAUCUUCCUAUAGGGACAUGCCACAGUUUAUCCUAAUGAUGGGCAUUCAGGUUGUUUUCAAUCUUGAGGUCAUGGUCAGCAGUCCUUCAGCAAACAUAGCUCAAUGUACAGCCUUAUAUAUUGAUUCUUUUAUUUGUAGGAUAGUUUCACAAAAGUAGCACUGGUCAAGGAACAUGCGUUUAGUAGAUACUGCCAGGUUACUUUUCAUUCACUAUAGCGAUCUACUUGCCCACCAAAAACAUAAAAUGUUUAUAUCCCCAUACCCUUUAAUACUUGAUCUUAUAAAUUUUAUUUUCGCUAACUAGUGGUGGGAAAUGUUUUCUCCUUUUAAUUUUAAUUUUUUUUUUUUUUUGCCAUUCUCUGAGGAUACCCCGUGUCAGUGGUCAGUGGUCUUUCUUGGACGCUGACCCUGCUGGCACAUUUGCAACUGCUUUCAGGACUCCACAGGCUUCAGUUUUCUCCAGGCAAGAGCUGAAGAAGCAGCUUUAAUGAGCAUGAUGGAUUUUAAUCAUAGAAGCUCAUUGCACCGUAUGAAUUAAAAACCAUCGAAAAGAUGGAUUUCAUGUAAAUGCCAUUUGGAAAGGUUACAGGAACAAGAAGGAAACAAUGUGUGUGCACAGGUGCUGUGGGUGUUCUGGCUUUGCCCCAGCUCUGCGGUGGUCACGCUGUGGGCGUGCUGCCUUGCUCUACCCUGCUCUCUGCAGAACCUGUAGAAGCCCCCUGCAGAAGGGGAGGACCUUCCAGUGGCCAGCAUGUCGGGCUUAGAGAGAGGAGCACCUGGAGAGUUAAGGACUCGUAGGGCCCAGCAGCUUCUGAGCCUUUCUUGCACCUUCCUUGCUAAAACUAGGUCCACCUUCCUGUGUGGUCCCCCUUUCCUGAGGUUUUUCUAGUUUGCAAGCAUCCCUGGGUCCUGUCUUUACUCCAGCUAUGGAAGUUUUUUCCAGAAGUAUACUCCCUCUCAAUGUCCUUUGCUGAAUAGUAAGUUUUUCUAGAAGUGACUUCCCACUUCUGCUUCUAGCCGGUACCCUUAAUUCCUCAUUCCUUGUUCUGCUCUGCCUUGCUCAGACUGGAUGUUUCUUGGAUCAGAUUUGUACCACAAUUCUGGGGACUGAUUUGUUGUGGGUUGCAGCUCUCCUCUGAGGCCUAAGGUUUUUCUCUUUUUCCCUCUUCUGCCACUCUGUCCUCCUUAUCUGGCUGGUGAAGUAGGCACCCCAGCGCAAUUCAUGCUAACACUCUUGGGGGUGCUUGCCCCCCACAGAGGCAGUGUAUGUAAUCUAGGAGACAGAGCAUGAUGUACGAAGGUCUGCCUGACCCAAGUAGACCUGUUACUGAGCUUAUGGUGGACUAGAGCAGUGUUCAACCCCAAACUGGCUGAAGCGCUUUCCAGAAAUGUUAACAGUAAUCCAUUCUGAAAAGUAUAUGCCCUACCAGUGAUGCCUCAUCCAUGAAGCCUAGGGCACUGGGCACAGGGACUACCCCUUCUGGAUCUUCAUAUAACUGCUCACCCACUGAUUAGCAAAACUCCAUGAGAAGUGAUUGCGCCUGCUAUAGGCAAAAAUUUUGGAGGAAAAGGUUCUGUACACAUUGCUGGUGGAAAGGAGAAAUCAAUGUCACAGAAAUAUAAACACCAGAAAAUAAGCAUAUAUGUACAGUAUUUAUUGCAAUAUUAGUUAUAAUGGCAAAAACUCAUAAACAAAGUGAAUGCCCAUCUAGAGGACAAAGGGUGAAUAAUAAACUGUGAUAUAUUCAUAUAUGUCUAAAUACAGCGUAUAAAUUUACGAAUAAAUAGAAAAUCACACUAGUGUCCACAAAGAAGAACAGUAUGUACAAAUGGUAUACCGUUUACAUAAAAUUGUGUUUAUACACAUAUAGAGGUGUAUUAAAAGAUGAUGACCAGAAUAUUAAUCAUGUUUCAUGUUUAUCUUAAGGUGGUGGGAUUCCAGGUGAUUUUUCUUUCUUCCUAUACUUUUCUGAACCAUUUGAAUUUAUAAUAGUGAACAUGUGUUAGUUUAAAAAAAAACACUCAGAAAUAAACUAAAGCUGGGACUUCCCUGGUGGUCCAGUGGUAAAGAAUCCACCUUGCAGUGCAGGGGAUGCAGGUUCAAUCCCUGGUCUGGGAACUAAGAUCUCACAUGCCACAGGGCAACUAAGCCCGCGUGCCACAACUACUGAGCUCAUGCGCCUCAACUGGAGAGCCUGUGUGCCGCAAACUACAGAGCCCAUGCACUCUGGAGCUUGCAUGCCACAACUAGUGAAGAGAAAACCCACACGCCACAACUAGCAAGAAGCCCACGCGCCACAACGAAGAGCCUGCACGCUGCAACAAAAGAUCCUGCAUGCCUCAACAAAGAUCCCGUGUGCCGCAACUAAGACCGGUUGCAGCCAAAGGAGAAAAAGGGGAAAAGAGAGAAAGAGAAAUGUUAAGAAUCUGCUUUCUGAAAGGUGUUAUUGCUGCCCAUCCACGUGCCCUUCAUUACAGGAAACUUCAUGGUGUUAUGGUCGACUUGCCGCACAACCGUGUUCAAAUCUGUCACCAACAGGUUCAUUAAAAACCUGGCCUGCUCGGGGAUUUGUGCCAGCCUGGUCUGCGUGCCCUUCGACAUCAUCCUCAGUACCAGUCCUCACUGUUGCUGGUGGAUCUAUACCAUGCUCUUCUGCAAGGUCGUUAAGUUUUUGCACAAAGUCUUCUGCUCUGUGACUAUCCUCAGCUUCCCUGCCAUUGCCUUGGACAGGUACUACUCAGUCCUCUAUCCUCUGGAGAGAAAAAUAUCUGAUGCAAAGUCCCGAGAACUAGUGAUAUACAUCUGGGCCCAUGCCGUGGUGGCCAGCGUCCCUGUGUUUGCGGUGACCAACGUGGCUGACAUCUAUGCCAUGUCCACCUGCACGGAAGUCUGGAGCAACUCGUUGGGCCACCUGGUGUACGUUCUGGUCUACAACAUCACCACGGUCAUCGUGCCUGUGGCCGUGGUAUUCCUCUUCUUGAUACUGAUCCGCCGGGCCCUGAGUGCCAGCCAGAAGAAGAAGGUCAUCAUAGCAGCGCUGCGGACCCCGCAGAACACCAUCUCUAUCCCCUAUGCCUCCCAGCGGGAGGCCGAGCUGCACGCCACCCUGCUGUCCAUGGUGAUGGUCUUCAUCUUAUGCAGCGUGCCCUAUGCCACACUGGUCGUCUACCAGACUGUGCUCAAUGUUCCCAACACUUCUGUCUUCUUGUUGCUCACGGCCAUUUGGCUGCCCAAAGUCUCUCUGCUGGCGAACCCUGUGCUCUUUCUUACUGUGAACAAAUCUAUCCGCAAGUGCUUGGUAGGGACCUUGGUACAACUGCACCACCGCUACAGUCGCCGGAAUGUGGUGGGCACAGGGAGCGGGGUGGCCGAUGCCAGCCUGGAGCCCAGCAUGCGCUCGGGCAGCCAGCUCCUGGAGAUGUUCCACAUUGGGCAGCAGCAGAUCUUUAAGCCCACAGAUGACGAGGAAGAGAGUGAAGCCAAGUAUGCCGGCUCAGCUGACCUCCAGGCCAGGGAGCUACUUCCCACCUGCCUGGAGGCAGAGCAGGGGCCGCGGUUUGCUACCCCUGCACCACCCCCGGGCACCGUGGACUCUAUAUCCCAGGUGGCACCAGCAGUCCCUGUGGAACCUGAGACAUUCCCUGACAGGUACUCCCUGCAAUUCGGCUUUGGGCCAUUUGAGUUGCCUCCACAGUGGCUCUCGGAGACCCGAAAUAGCAAGAAGAGGCUGCUUCCCCCCUUGGGCAACACCCCGGAAGAGCUGAUCCAGACAAAGAUGCCCAAGGUAGGCAGGGUGGAACGGAAGAUGAGCAGAAACAAUAAAGUGAGCAUCUUCCCAAAGGUGGAUUCCUAGCAAGUCUUGUAAAUCCCUGGAAGCAACAGACCUUCCACAUUCCUGCCCUCCCUUCACUGGGCCUGUGAUUUGUCUGAUCUCCUUGCAACCCAGUAUGGGUUGAUUCCUCCUCUAUGGGCCAGAUGCUUUUGAAUGAGAGGGAAAUCUAUAUAAAAUCGGAUGUCCUCUUUAUUGAGGGCGUAUAUAUAUAUUUAUACAUAUAUAUAUAUUUAUCUCAGUGAUCCUCAGUAAAGUCCACAUUUCUCUCUGUGGAGACGAAAGCUGGGUAGCGGGAAACAAGUCUUGGGUGGGUUCUCUGUGUGCAUUUUCUGGGGAUAUCUCAGUUCCGGGCCCUGCAAAGAAUACACGGAGAGAAGAAUGUCUGUGAGUUCAAAGGAAGCAGGGGCACUCUAAGAGAAGCCCAAGAUAAUUAUGGAGCCGUGCGGCCACAAGAAAACGCCUAUUUGAUCGAUUUUAAAAUGACAAAUAUUCAAAAUGGUUUAUAUUGAUCUGUAUCUUUAGGGAAGAUAGAACCUUGGCAUUUGAUACCUUUUUUCUGGACAGUCUGAUCACAUGACUCACAGUUUCUCCCGAUGCCCUUCAUCUCCUUUGCUGGGAUGUAGGUGAGGGAUGAAUGAAUAUUGCAGCCCCAUCUGACAGACAUGGCAAUAGAUGUGCCCAGGGAUUAGGAAGAUAUUCUGUCCUUGAUUAUCCUGACCAUCUCCGGGCAUCACUAAGGCCUCAGAAAGAGAAGUCCGCAGUGUUGAUUGGAAAACACUGCAAGCUUUAAUCAUGUCUUUCCCCCUUAAGCUGUGUUUUUUUCAACAAAUGAGAGAGAAGCUUAGAAGUGGAGAAGAAAGACUGAGAAAUAUCCACACUCUGUAGAGUUUUCUCUUCCCACAUGGUCUCAUGUGAAAGAUUUUAUGCAGCAAUCAGCAGGGGUAAAGUGUAUUGAAAAAGGUUUGUGCCAACUUCUGGAAUUAAAGGUCAUUUAAAAAGGCAAAGUUAGGGUAAACGGGGUCCUCUGGAAACGUCAAGCUAAAAAUACUUGAUUAGGAAAAGUGAGUCUGCCCAAAAGAGUGGGAAAAGUUGGUUCCCUUCCAAGGAGGACUGCAGACCCCAUGCAUCGCCAGUCUCAUUUUCAGUCUGUUUGUACGACUGUGGUUCUCCCUUCAUUUUGGGCACGAAGGAGGAACAGAACAUGGAGAAGGAAUUCAUCACUGUACAAUGCCAAGGCAAUACCUAGCCCAGGUGAGCUCUCCCCUUACUCCUUCCCAGUGAAGUUGUAGCAGGAGCCAGACAGGACAGAAGAGGGAGGACAGUGUCCUCAAUUGAUCAGCCGCCUGGGGGCUCUCACAGCAAUUCGAGUCUACGUUGGGGUGGGCUUCACCAGGUUGAAUUCAAACCACAAAGGAAACUUCACUCUUAAGGAGAGCAAAUCAAGUGCCAGGUCUGCUCUUCUCUGGAGGGCGUUUUGUUCUUGUUCAUAGUAUGGAAGGGAGCCAAUCCAGUGCCUUGAGCAAGCCUCAGGGGAGGGGGCAUCCUCAGCGGCAAAGAACACAUCCCAACGGAAGGGGUCCUCACGGAUCUUCUCCUUGAACCACACAGGCCCUUGUCCCUCGUAGGAAGGUCAGACUAUGUGUAGGGAGUUUCCUUUUCCUGUCCUUUCCUGGGUGUGCUGUCUUGUGAUUCCCGAAUGUGAACCCAAAGACCCUUGUCCAGAGGAGGGAGUGCCUUCCUCUUUGUGUUCGUUUCUUUGAAGCAUUGUGUGCUCACAGCGGAAAUGGGGGCCCACCACCCCCUCUCCCGGGGCCCCUGUGUGCGCUCUGGAGCUCCUUGCCCUCAUGCUUCCCGUUGUGGCCCUUCAAGCGUAUCUUUCAAGCCGUCACAGUUGUUACAGCGUUCAUCAAGGGGAAACAUAACCUGUCAGAAACUUGUGUCCACUUUAGAAGAAUCGGUCAAAUGUAGCCACGUUGGUGUCAUUCUGAUAACAUAUAUGUACAACUUAAUAAAUUCUGGUGAGCCGGAAUUUGAUAGAUGUUACUUAUGUAUGUUUGAAGCAGUUGGUUGACUUCUAACAGGUCAUGGCCAGGUGUAUUUCUAUACUCUUUGAAGAAUUAUGUUUUAAUAAAAAAUUGAAAAGCAGUUUCGGAACUCAAAAA